ACACACUCUUCUCACUGAAGUUCCACUAAUGCACCGUUUGAAUUAGUCCAGUGCUCAGCCGUGUGCUGUCACUCUUCUUCUUCUGUCAUGCAGGCUUAAUGAACUGUGGCUGUUUUUGUGUGUACUGGCUCUUUAGCACUGUGAUGAAAACUGAAGAGCAUGUUUUCCCAAAAAGGAUUUAGCAUCUACCGGCUGUGUCUUGUGUCUAUUUUCCUCGUCCUUUUCCAUGGAAUGCCGUCUUCUUCCAGCUUUUCCAGAAGAACCUUGGAGCUGAUGUCAAAAUAUCCACUGAUAGAUGGCCAUAAUGACCUUGCUCUGCGACUCAGGAUGCAGAAAAACAGCUUGAGCCAAAUUAAUUUGUACAACUACACCAAAGCGGCAACCAAUAUUAACAGACUUAGAGCUGCUCAUGUUGGAGGACAGGUAAUAUUUGCGGCGUAUGUGAUGUGUACGGCUCAGGACAUGGAUGCGGUCAGGCUGACCCUGGAACAGAUUGAUUUGAUACGGCGUAUGUGUGACCAGUACCCAGAGCUAGAGCUGGCUACCACAGCAGAAGCUAUGAGGAACACAACAAAGAUCGCCUGUCUGAUCAGCAUAGAAGGAGGUCAUUCAAUUGACAGCAGUCUCGCAGCAUUGCGCAUGUUCUACGUACUUGGAGUGCGAUCGAUGUCCCUCACUCACAACUGCAACACACCUUGGGCAGAGACCUCUUCUGUUUUUUACUCCUACUAUAAGAGAGAAAUCAACGGCUUGACAGACUUCGGUAAGGCAGUGGUGGAUGAGAUGAACAGGCUGGGGAUGCUGAUUGAUCUGUCUCAUACUUCAUUGGCUACAGCACGUGAAGUGUUGCAACGUUCCAGAGCUCCUAUCAUUUUCAGCCACUCCUCCUCCUACACCAUCUGCAACCACAGCCGCAACGUUCCCGAUGACAUACUUCUGAUGCUGAAAAAGAAUGGAGGGCUCAUCAUGGUGAACUUCCACAAUGGUUUCAUAGCAUGUGGAGGACAAGGAAACGUCUCCACUGUUGCCAACCAUUUUGAUCAUCUAAAGCAUGUAUUAGGAGCAGAACACAUUGGCAUUGGAAGUGAUUAUGAUGGGGCCACUGGAUUUCCUGAAGGCCUGGAGGAUGUCUCUAAGUACCCUGCUCUGAUAGCUGAAUUGCUGUCAAGGAGCUGGAGUGAGGCAGAGUUGGCGGGCGUGUUGAGGCUCAACUUCCUCAGGGUGUUUGACAAAGUAGAGGAGGUACGUGAUACACUACGCAACACUCCCCCCAGCGAAGUUCAGAUACCAUUUGCAGAAGCCAAUAACUCCUGUCGUGUGGAGCUGAAGCCUCCAGUCAUCCCCCAAAUGAGGAAUGAUUUCAGUGUGCAUGGACAUUCUCCUUUACUGUCAGUGAGUGCUUUGUUUUGGGCUGUUCUCCCACUUCACUAUCUUCUGCUGCACUGGUAAAGCAACAAAGUAAUUUCAGUGUAUUUAUGAGGGAUCUACAUAGGUAUGCUAAUCAAUCAAACCUAAAUGUGUAGCAUGUAAAUGUUAUAGCAUGCCAAAGAAACAUCAACUCAACUGGAGUGUUCCAUCCAUUUGCCUCUGAAUAUGAGAGUUAGAGGGUUUUGGUAUCACUGUUGACUGACUGUCAAUUUCCAUUGGCCUCUUUUAUGUAUUCAGACUUUUUGAUAACAGGCAAACUAGGGUUGCAACAAUAUGCAAAUUUCAUAAUAUGACAUGCAUUGCCAUUUUUGCAUCACAAUAUAUUUCAGCACAGAAUUUGAACAAAAAUGGUAACAUAACUUUUACUUUUAUCUGGGCUACUUUUUUGUUAAUUUCCAAAAUUUUAUUUUUUUCCCAUAGUUCCCACUGUUGUCCCACAAAGACAACAGUGCUUGUUGAAGAGAUAAUUGACACAAGUCAUUUUCUCAGAACAGCAAAUGUUUAAGAUGUAUAUUACAUGUUGCAUCUGUGUUUGGCAAAAACAUGUUAUUGUGGCUCAGAAAAUGAAAAGAAAAAUCAAAAAAUGUAAAUUAUAAGGCCAAAUCAGAAGGUAAAUGAACUGAGCAUUUACAACCCCACUUCCAAUGAAGUUGGGACGUUGAAUACACUACAAAGACAAGAUAUUUAAUGUUCAAAUGAAUAAACUUU